CUGCGUGUGGUGAAGUUUAGUAUAUCUCGACUACUUCGCUAGAUUUAAAAAAUGUAUUGGUGUGGGGGAAUAAACCUGUCUCACUGCGCACGCACCGCACCAACAUUGACCAAUGACUGAAGCUUGCGCGUCUACUGAUGACCAUUACUUGAAAUGGUUUUGCACAAUGCGGUGUUGUAUUUAACGUUAUCAUUUUUGUUGUUUUUAGUCCGCCUGCGCUCUUGGAUCUUUUUUGGAGAUGUCUGAGUUUAACCACUCAAAUGUAUCAGGCGGAAACUCUCCGGACCCGGACUACAAGUGGACGUAUGAAUAUUACGACGAUGAUGAGCCUGUUUCGUUCGAGGGACUCAAAGCGCACCGAUAUUCCAUCGUGAUAGGCUUCUGGGUGGGCCUGGCUGUCUUUGUCAUCUUCAUGUUCUUUGUCCUGACACUUCUCACCAAGACAGGAGCUCCACAUCCCGAAGGAGUUGAACCCUGUAAGAAGCGUGUUCGUCUGACCAGCUGUGUGGAGGACCUCCGCUCCCCUGCAGACCCUGACAACCGGCCCUGCCUCCAUCGCCCCUUACUGGACUCCUCUCUCAGCCGCUCCCUCUUCCACUGCUACGUCAAUGAGGAACAGGCCCAGGAGGGGUCCAGGCCUAGAGCUGGGGCACGAGUUUUGGGAGUACCCAGAGGAGGGCUUGUCCAGGGGCUGGGGCGAGGCAGAUCAGGCAGCCCAGAGGAGGGGGGGAUGGAAGUAGGUGUCACCCGUGCCCUGUUGGGGGGGAACCAGACUGACCACAGAGAGGCAAUGUCUCUGUCCCACUUCAACAUCCCUAACGUUGUGAACUCCGAGCACUGCUCCACCCUGGGGGCGGACGAUCUGCUGCUGGGGGAGCCGCCAAUCAUCAUGGAGGGGGAGUGUCAUUGGCCCCACAGUUCACAUCACAUGAUGGACUAAGGUCCUCUCUACUUCCUGGGGUGCCGCCAAUCAUCCCGGAGGGGUAGCGUCAUUCCCAUGGUGUCCUUCACACGAUUGACUGGGGGAACCGUCAAUCAUCCUAGUGGGGGAGUGUCAUCGGCCACUUAGUGCCCUUUAGAAGACGGACUGUCCUGCCCAUCACACAAUAGACUAGGGUCCUUCUUACUUCUCACACCCACUGCCGUUAGGACAUUAUAGAGAAUUAUGAAGGACAUCACAGGACUCAUCAGCCUUAUAUAGAGAGAGUUGUGUCAAGGUCCUAAUCUAACAUUCUGUGUUGUGCCAGUCAUGUACAGUGCAAGCUCUCCUAAUUAGGCUGUGGUUCCAGCUUCCCACACCACCUCCACUGUGAGGACAUUCUGGAUUAUUAUGGAUCCUCCUACAGUAACUGUACCUCCUGACAUUUUCAUUCUGUUCAGAUUAGGUUCAGGCUAAAAUACUGUACAGUCCAAAUAUAUAAACACUUAAAUGUUAAAUAUACAUAUGUGAUCUUUAUGUCAACAAGGUUGCCUACGCAGAGCCAGAACUUGUGACUCCACAUCUCAACGCUAAACUGGAAGUCCAGCUUCAUCAAGUUGAUUCAAAUGUUUUUUAUUUAACUAGGCAAGUCAGUUAAGAACAAAUUCUAAUUUACACCACGGCCAAAUCCUCCCCUAACCCGGACAAUGCUGGGCCAAUUGUGCGCCACCCUAUAGGACCCCCGAUAACGGCCUGUUGUGAUACAUCCCAGAAUCGAACAUGGGUCUGUAGUGAUGCUGCGCCACUCGGUCCCCCCGUAUAGUGGUGGAGGCCUUCUAGGAAUCAGUUAAGGGGAUGGAGACAACAGAAGAGGUAAGGGGAAUUUGAUACAACAACCAAAAUGUACCAGAAAGGCAAGACUCUUCUUAUGGGUUUUCAAUUCAACAGCAGUCAGAAUGUUGUCCUUGUUCAGUACUAAUUGUAGCACACCUGUUAAUCACUAUAAACACCUUACUUUUUAUAUAUCAUGUGUUGCUCCUGUCAAUGCUUUACCUACAUGUCAUAUCAAGGUCUUGUCUGCCAAGUCUAUAGAAGGUUGUGACUAAUAAAACUAUUUCAACGCCAGCUGAUUGUGUUCAUUAUAUAACCAUUUCAAAGUACCUUGGAACCACAA